UUGGUCGCCCGAACAAUCUUUUUGAGUUGGUUGCGUCAAGCUUGAAGCUGACAGGAUGCUGAGAUCAGAGGGCGAAUUCCAACCUUGCUGCCUUGAUUGAGGACAUCAUUUGAUCAGAAUACUGUCACUUUAGUGCAUGUCGGCCUUGCUGGUAAAGGAGGAAUUGCUUUAUGAGCUCGUAUGCGCUUGUAAGCGUGAACAUUUCUGUCUUUUGAAUGCAUAUUGCCUGGCUAAAAGCAAACCUGCGCUGUGGACACAAAAGCUCUUACAUUGCGAGUUGAUGCAGUGCUUGCUGAGGAUCAGCGAGGCUGUGGGAGAUCCUUUCAAGUAAUUCGGCGAAUCCGAUGUCCAAAGAGAGCCACUUCUCUCUCGGUCUGUCCGGUGCGUAAAAGCGGUCACGGUGUCUCUCCAAACUCCACUCUGAGAGCAUUUAUCGGAAUGAAAACGAAAAUAUGCUUUUUGCGAUUUUGCUGAAUUUGACAAGGGGACUAUCUACGGUACGGCUGCUACCUGCUUACUUGCCUGCCUAUUUGGGUCACUUGCUUAGCUCCAACGCGUUUUUAUUAGGCUACAGAUUCCUGGCCUGUUGAAUUCAUCGUUAUCCUUCCUUCAUGUCGCAUUGGAAUAACUUAAUCUAUCAUGAAUUUGAUUUUCUUUACAAAGUCACCAUUUAGGCUCGGUUUAGACAUCCUAUAGACACUUUAGAGUGCAAUCGAAACUACGUAGAAGCGCAACACCAGGAGGGGAACAUGGACAGAAAUGCCCCAGACGGACCGUUGCUGGAUGACUUGAGCAAACUCACGGACGAGGAGCUCUCUAGGCUCGGAAAAGAUGAGCUCAUCAGGAAGCUACGGAGAACGGAUAACGAGAAAAUGAACUUAAUGGUGGAGCACGGGAACAUGAUGAAAGACGUGAACCGGAGACUACAGGUCCACCUUCACGAGAUCCGCAGCCUCAAGGAGAUCAACCAGAAGCUGCAGGACGACAACCACGAGCUCCGGGAGCUCUGCUGUUUCCUGGACGACGACAGGCAGAAGGGCAAGACGCUGUCUCGGGAGUGGCAACACUUCGGCCGCUACACCGCCGGAUCGAUGUGGAAGGAUGUCGGGGUGUACCAUCAGAAGCUGAAGGAUCUGGAAGCCAACCAGGGCUCUGUGAUGCGGGAGAACCUGGAACUGAAGGAGAUCAUUCUGAUGUUGGAGGAGGAGAGGAACGGAGCCGGGUCACGGAGCUCUAUAGACUCCCAGUCCAGCCUGACCAACCUGAACGGGGGCACCAGAACCAUUAGGGACGUCGGGGACGGGAGUAGUACCUCCAGCACCGGCAGUGUCGGUAGUCCUGACCACAACCAAAUACACAUGCCCGCCGAGGGGAAGAUAGCGUCCCUGCGGAGGUCUAUGGACGACCUGUCGCCGCUGUCAUACAUCCAGAGGAGCAUCCCUAAUGAACUGCAUGGUAACUACAUCAGGCAAAUGGAGACCAAGGUCCUGGAGGAUGACAACAAGCAGCUUCUAUCACAGCAGUCUAAAAGUGGUGAUCUGAAGAGUCUGAGGAAGGGCUUCUACCACUCUGAGUCUCAGCUCUCACAGUACCAGCAAGACCCACUGCAGAAUGGCUCUGGUAGGUCCUCCAGUGGUGAGCCGUCCCCCCCAGCAGACUACCUCCCAGUGGGCCAGAAGCCAGAGGCUGUGGUCCAUGCCAUGAAGGUACUGGAGGUCCAUGAGAACCUGGAGAAGAAGAUCCCUGAAGACUACGAUGAAGACCUCAGUGAAAAGGAGAAGGCCAUCGUCAGGGAGAUGUGUAAUGUGGUGUGGCGUAAACUAGGUGACGCUGCAGGAUCCAAGCCUUCCAUCCGCCAGCAUCUCUCUGGGAACCAGUUCAAAGGGCCCUUGUAGUCCUUAAGACCACAUUAACCAGCGCACAGCAGCACUCAGACGAGACAAACGGACAGACAGACAAAUGAACAACAACAACCAUGGACCCGCAGCACAAACAAGGGGCACAUCUCAAAUGACACCCUCCUAUUUUCUCAGCACUGUGUGACCGUGGCAAGAUAAUCCCCACAAACUCUAGCCUGAACCCAAACCUCUGUGCUUAGCCUCCCCUAACAUUGUCCCCUGGUGAAUAUAGGAAUGUAGGCUACAGCUGACCUGGGUAGUGGGUACAGUCAAUCUCAGUUUAGAUCGGACAAAAUAGGCUGCGCCGAUGAAGGGUUAAAAACAGCGGUUGGCAAAUCCUUAUAGCCUCUGACCACGUUGGCUCUCAUUUUCUGUUUAUUUCAAGACAAUUCUCAUGUUGAAUGACACACCGUUCGUCAAUACCCAGCAGGUAAUCUAAUGCCCACGGCCAACGUUGGUUAUGGUGUCUUGUCAUUAAAGAGAAGGAAGAGGAGGAUAAACUGCCCCUUACAACCAGUCACUAGACCUGAGCUACAGUACUUUACCUGACCCUCUGCCAUCUCCAACCAACGUCUGUUUUGGUGUUUGUAAAUGUUCACCUACCAAGUGUUCAAGACUGACAACCACUCCAGGACAAACCAUUGUACUAUUCUCAAGUCAAGGCCCUGAUAUGUUCUGUUCUUGCCUUUACAUCCAUUACUUUUCCAUUCAACAGCAACGGACUGGCAACUCCUUACAACAUAGAAGAGGACAAAUACUGGAAAUCGCAUGAUGUCAUUUCCUUCAGUGUAGAAUCACAAGCCAUAGGUUUAUACAACGUGAAACCUAGCUGCUGUAGGAUGCUGUUUAAUAAUGUAGUCCUCUUUUGUCUGAGAGAAGUAUGUGUAAUAAUGUAGUCCUCUUUUGUCUGAGAGAAGUAUGUGUACAAAUGUAGACGGUAAAAGUGUUAAACUAAAUUCUAGCACUAAAGUAGGUUGUUUAACAAAACAUAGUGCUAUUAUUUUACCUGUUGUUUUUAGUGUUCAUGUUUGUUUGUGCCUCAAAUGGCAUCCUAUUCUUUAUACCAACACUAUAUAGGGAAAAGGGUGACAUUUGGUAUGCACACUUUAUAACUAAGUACAGAAAGUGGCACACCGAGUGCAGUUUCAUAAAUGUCCUCCCAAAGCAGAAAGCUUAUAGCCUGGGGGCCAGUCUGCUUAGCCACUCCUGAAAACUCCUUAUAGAACUGUCAUGACAAACAUGAUACAGUGACAGCAAUGGAGUUGGUAAAAGCACAAACAGUUCUGGGACCAGACUAGAAGGCUGUCAUACUAUUAACUGAAACAUGAACUCAAGGGAAGGUUACGGUUCAUGCCUAAUAUACUGUCGCUUCUGAUGAUUUAUCAUGGAUCAGAAAGUCAGACUCUUGCUAGAUGGAAGUGGGACUUUUCACUUACAAAUCUGCAGAUCUUAUAUAUGACAAUCAUUGAAACGGUUUGAAAACAACUUAUUUUGACCAGUCCUAAGUAUUCUCUAUGAGCUCUUGCCCAUUCAACCUCUGAAUGGCACACAUACACAAUCCACGUCUCAAUUGUCUCAAGGCUUAUCCUUCUUUAAUCUGUCUCCUCCCCUUCAUCUACACUGAUUGAAGUGGAUUUAAUAACU